AUGGACGUCGAGUUCUCACUGAUACUCGGUAUAGCACUACCAGAAGACGGCAUAGCACUACCAGAAGACUGGUCGCUUCUUCAUGAGAUUCAGGAAGGAAACUAUUCAAAAGUCAUAAACUCGGACUGUGCCGACAAGAUACUUAAUGUCAAGGCAAACAAGGACCAAAUACACUCCAUUGAAGACUUGUCUAAGCGCAUCGAGUCACAAUCUGAACGCUAUAUCAACGAUUCCACAUCAGAAGAAGAUAAAUUACGGCGUGAAUUGGACGUGCUCGCUUUGGGAGUUGGCUUUCUAAGUGUUUAUUUGCAAUCGAGUUGGACUGGGCCAAAGUUUGAGGAUGCGCUAUACGAUGAGCUAGACUCGUCAAUACGAAAAAGCACUCUCAAGUUUUUGAGUGAAGAUGACGAAGAUGUGUAUCAUUUGAUGCCACAGCCUCUUUUCUUGGCUAUUGCCAAGAUGAUACUUGUCGACAAUUCAAGUUUGCUGAAAGAUCUUAAUACAUCUCCAUGGUGGAAGUUUAGGUGUAGUUUCAUUCAGCAACGAGUAUUAGCCAAUCCAACUCAGACCCUGUUUGAUAUCAUAUUGGAGUGUAUCGAUGAGGCUCGCACCAGACUACCAGCUCUCAAUGACGACAACAGGGAUUUACAUGUAAAGCUGGAUUUGGAAGAAGGUUUAGUACAUUCCUUCCACCGUCAAGACCUGAAAGCAUAUACAUCAUUCACGUCAGCAUCAACAACCUCAAACCUGAAAUGGUCCAUGAGUGGCGCUCUUGGCAAAAGAACCAAAUUCCAGUCAUUCGAUGUAGCCCAAUUAGUUGUAGUUGCCGAAAGCGCUCCGCGUAAUACCAGCAACAAGAUGCUAUCAAAGGAAGAUGUCUCCAACCUACCAGACACGUUGGCAUUGAAUGAUGAUACCUUAUUGGAAAAGAUUUCGUUUACGAAAAUGGAAGAUGCUACGAAAAAGGAUGUGUCCAAGCAAGGGUCUUUGAGGAUUAUGGAUCAGUGUAUAUUGCUUGCUUUCUGUUUGAACGUCAAGAACACGAAUCCAACACACGGACUGACGGAGGAAGAGAUGGUGCCGUAUGUCACGCGAGUGUUAGAGAACCCCAAUAAUUGGAUGGUUCAUACAAUGGGACUGCUAUUAAGAUCAAGGCUUGAGUCUCAAAAGUCGAGAACUGUAGAGAGAUCGUGUCUGCAGAUUCAGGCUCUAGUAGAUCAGAUUCCAAUAAAGGAACCAUCCCCGGCUGAACGAUUACUUCACUUUUAUGACUUGCUGGUGCCGUCAAAAUGGGAUUUGGAGCGUGAAUUAGGUGAACGUCUGAUAUCUCUGGGUGUUAUGAGAUCUGCCAUGGAAAUAUAUGAGAGACUAGAGUUAUGGCAAGAUGUUAUCUCGUGUCUAAUGUCGCUGGGUCAAGACAAGCAGGCAGAAGAACUUGUAAACAAACGCCUCGCAGAAACACCCAAAUCGCCACUCCUACUCUGCAUCCUCGGCGACCUGAAAAAAGAUCCCUCAUACUGGCAACAAGCCUGGGUAGCAUCCAAUUAUCGAUAUGCAAGAGCAAUGAGGUCACUAGGAUCAUUUCAUUUCACAAGAAAAGCAUAUGCUGAAAGUGUGGCAUGUUAUCAUCGAGCGUUAGCAAUCAAUCCACUAUUUGAGAAUUCGUGGUUUGUGAUGGGAUGCGCGGCAAUGAGGAUUGAUGAAUGGGAUACUGCUGCGAAAGCCUUUAAUCGGUGUAUUAAUAUCGAUUUUGAGAACGGAGAAGCAUGGACGAAUCUCGCAUCCGUUUACAUCAAACAAGGACGUAAACGUGAUGCAUGGAGAGCACAACGUGAAGCCCUCAAACAAAACUUUGAGUCGUAUCGAAUGUGGGAGAACUUUAUGGUGUUUUCUAUUGAUUUGGGAGAAUUCGACGAGGCUAUACAAGCUUUGAAACAGAUUGUAGAGCUGAGGUGGAAGCAGGUUGUCGGGAGCGGGAAUGCGUUGGGUGAUGAAGAGAAGAUUGUUGAUAUUGAGGUGCUUAAUAUACUGGUGGGUGUUGUAGUCCAUGAAACACCAGAUGCUCGGGGAGUACCAGCUUCCCGACUGGCGCCAAGAAUGGAAUCCCUCAUUGAAGACAUAUGCUCCAAAAUCGCAACAUCAUCAUCCAUCUUUCGAGCAGCAGCCAACUUUUACCAAUCGCAACACGAAAUACGCAGGAGUCUGGAAUACCGUACUAAAGGGUAUCGAGUCGGACUCAAUCAUCCUAGAUUGACUCUUGAUGAACAUGUGUUUUUGGAAGCUGCGACUUCAGCUAUGGAUUUGGUGGAUGCGCUUGAAACGUAUGGCCCGCAGGCUGUGAGUGAUGGGAGCGACGAGGUGUAUGUUAAGGACUGGAAGUAUCAGGCCAAGAUGACGUUGAGGACUCUGGUUGGACGGACUAGAGAUGUGUUCGAAAACCAAGAGAAACAUAUUCUGAUGCGCGAGAAGCUAGAGACGCUCAAGUAA